CUUAUGUCUUUAUCCGACACAGUUCCAAUAAAAUGUAGGUUUGUUAAGACUUCUCGUGGUGAAAACAGUGUUUUAUAUUAAAAGUUAACAUUAUAUAAUGUCUCGGGUGCGGUCUCUUUGGACAGCUUACUUUCGGUUUCUAUAUUUUUUUAUGUUUUAAAUCAAGUUUCUGCUCUUUAAAAGUUUAUACAACCGAUUAAAUGUCAUCUCCAGGUAGUGGGGAGUCGUUCAAUUUAAACGUAUAACGUGUUUUUGAGUUAAUGAGAUAUUAUAAGUGCGCACAAACAACAACAACAACAGGAAGAAGACAGCGCAUAACACCACCGGAGCCAUCUGAGAAAUCACCUGCGGUCAUCAAUCAGACUCGUGCUCAGCAUGGAGAGCGCCAAAGACGCAGCUGACUCCACAGCACGCACCUUCUCCCAGGUGGUGUUCACGGACACCCUGUACUCAUACCCGCCCUCAACACCCGUCACCUGCUGCUACACCAUCACCACCGCUUACCAGCCACACUCCCGCGACUGGGUGGGCAUCUUUAAGGUGGGGUGGAGCACAACAAAGGACUAUCACACCUUUGUGUGGGUGGAGCCAAGUCUGGAUGUGGUCGGGCAAGAGUCCGCCACAAGGCAAGCUGUCUUUACAGAAUACUACCUGCCGAAGGACGAGCUCGACUUCUACCAGUUCUGCUACGUUGACAGCGCUGGUCAAGUGCGCGGAGCCAGCACUCCUUUCUGCUUCAAAAACCCAGCGGGGCAAAACCCAGAGAGCAGCAUGGAUGAAGACCUCAUGGUUAUCACCACACAGGAGCAGGUUGAACUGAGCCGACAUGAGAGAGCUGAACUGCAGAAGGAGCUGGAUCGGAUAAGGGGGGAAAAUAAAACCUUAAAAAACGAUCUACAGAUGGAACAGCAACAAGCCGCCAGCAUGAAGGGGCAGAAUGAACAGAAAGAGAAAGAAAUGAGUCAGCUGGUCAGAGAAAUGGAUCAAAUCAAGGAACGGAAUGAAAACUUAAAAAGCACCUUACAGCAGAAGGUGAAGGAAACGGACGGCUUAAAGGUUUGUUUUUUCAGUCUACGAGUGAAAUCAGUGCCACAGUUUCAGAGUGAUAACUAUCUUUGGUGUUACUACCAGGAGGAGAUGAUGAAACAGCAGCGUGGCGCUGAGGAGCAGAACAAUCAAAGCUUGAGUUUAGAUGGCGCAUCAAGACAAAAUGAGACGCACGCUCAGGAGAAAUACGACCGAGCUGUGAUAAAGAUCAAGCUGCUGAAGGAGGAACGCGAGCAGCUGAGUAGGAGAGUCGAUGCUCAGAGUGAGGAGACCACCAUGUUAAAGUCCAAACUCGGAGAACAAGAACGGCAACUGUUCAAAAUGAGAGACAGCAUCCAGCUGCUUCAGGUCGACCUACAGAGCAGUGAGAAAAAGAAGGAGAGGCUCUCUGCAGAGCUGCUCAGGUCGCAGAGUAUCGCGCACGACGUGGACGACGUGAAGACAGAGAACCAGGAGUUAUGUCGGAGGCUGGCGAGGCAGAUGACACUGCAGAACUGUUCGGAUGACGAACUAAAGGUGAAGUGUCAGACUCUUGACGGCCAGCUACAGGAUGCUCAGAGGAAACUGGCGGCUGAGAGGGAGGAGGCCAAAAACACCAAGAGACGAGCUGAGUCUCUGGAAAAGGAUCUGCAGCAGGUCAGGGAGCAGCUGAAGAAGGUGGCCUCAACAUGUGAGGACGCACAACGGAUAAGUGGCAAACAAGAGCUACAGCUCAAGAUGGAACGAGAUGCGAUGGCAGAGGCACGUGAAACGCUCGCAGACAAAGACAGCCUGAUGGAGGAGAAGGAACAAAAGAUCAUGCUGGAGAGACACGAGAAAGAAGAGCUGGCCAGAGAGAACCAGACGCUCAUGAGUGACAUCGCGGGGCUGCGCAGAGCUUAUGCCGAGCUCCAAGCACCUCCGCCCGCCGACUCGCCUCACCUGCAGCAUGACACCAACACGUCAGCAGCCAACGAAUGGCAGCAGCAGCAGGAGUCACCUGAACAGGCUGACAACCCGUAUGAGAACAUUGACAUUGGGGCAGGCACAGAGGAAGAGCAGUCGCUGGUGUGUCGACACUGCCAGGAGUGCUUCCCCUGCAUAACCCGAAACGAGCUGGAGCAGCACGAGAGGAGUCACCGGGUGUGUCCCUUCUGCACGAUGAUCUGUGACAACAUGGAGCAGUCGGUGUUCGAGGAUCACGUCUACAGCCACGAGCUGUGAGGGCGGAUUAUCCUCAAGUAAAUAAAUGAACGUCUUACAAGUCGGGUUGGUCUGGUGUAAAAGGCCCGUACCGAUAUUAGUACACACUUUUACUGCAAUUUACUUUACUGUUCACCUUUCUUCAAAGCAUAAUGUUUUGGGGGUUUUGUUUCCAGCCUUCCUCAUUUAUUUUAGUAAAAGUAAAUUACCGCAUAACUGGCCAUCGUUUGAAAUAUUUAGCUACUUCUGUACCAAUAGUCAAAACCCUUAUUUUCAUUUAACAAAUGAAGCCAAAAAGCUCAAAUGUAAAAAAAAAAAAAGCAAAGUCUAAAUUGGCUGCUGAAUUUACAUCGAUAAGUCUGCUGUAUGAUUUUUGCCAGGCAAAUUUACACACCUGUGCGGCAUGUUUUUACAUUGUGCGUGCCUGCGUGUGCGUGCGUGCGUGUACACACACACACACACACACACGGGCUGCAGGUGGUGAGGCACAACACCAAGUCGGGCGGAAAUAUCAGGACCGGCUCCCUGAGAGACAAGAAGCUGUCUCACACACACACACACACAGUACGACACAAGAACCGUAACCUCCUGAUAAUUUACUUGUACGGUAUGAGUCAGAACAAAACAUGUAUAAAAUGGUACAGCGUAUGCACAGCUUAACUGACGCUUAUAGAACCAGAACAGAUUCUAGAAUCACUAGUAAGGACAAGAGUUUGCAAAGGUAGAGUCAUUAUGGAGCCUCGUGGGACGCCUGCUGUGAGAGGGUCAGUGCUUAAUUACCCUCCAGUGAGAAUACCUAACUGUUAUCAAACACACUGCAUAUCAUCACUGCAUAUCAUCACUGCAUAUCAUCACUGAAUUGUCACCUUAUGGCGAGACAAUAAUUACAGCACGUAAUGUGACAUUUCCCCAGACAAUAGGGCGCCUUGUGGCCGCUCAGGAUCAUCAACAUGUACAACAUGUUUCUCACCUUUGGCUGAAAUGCUCCUUGCAAGGAGCUGAAAGGCCCAGAGGGAGGAAUCACAGGCUGGAUACUCGGCACUGAGGGCGGCGGGUACUGUGGGAAGAGAGAGAGAGACACAGACACACACACACACACACACAGUCGUCGUGGAAGUUCUCCAGCGAGAGUGAAGACAUAAAACACCUGCGAGUCUAAAAUGAGCCGUGCAUCAACGAACUUCAAAGCAUUUGGAACAACUUUGAGAUUUGUUAGAGUGAGAGAAAUGUAAGUUGUUUAAUAGUCAAACGUUUUAUUAUGAACCGACAAUUUCAAUUUUCAUGUAAGAAUCUGAAUCAGCUGGUCAGAAGAUUGGUGAUUGGUGCAUCUGUGUUUAUGGCUCCUUUUGAUCUGGUUUGGCAGAGUAAUAAUAUAAAAGAGCUCUUUAGCUCAAGAGACCAAAUAUAAGAACGAGAGUAGAGCCCGGUCCUCCCUCUGUUUGGUAUAAAAUCAGCAAAUUUCUGUUCAAAAUCAGGAACUUUCUAUUUAAAGAAGAAAUAAACAUGAUUAUGAAUCUGACCUCACAUUGGAGGUCGGCUUUCGGUUUGAUCUUCAGGACACAUUUAAUUACUGAGAGAACUUGUGUUCAAAUAUACGAACAUAAAAGUAGGCUUUGUAACAUCUAAAUUAAACAAAUUUCAAACUUUUUAACUUGUGGUAUGCUCUGGAAAAUAAACAGCAGUAAUUUAUAUCUAUGAUUUGUAUUAAAAAGGCUAAAACAUGCUUUAACUCUGGAAUGGUCCUUUACAAAGUUAUAAUUAAAAAUAAAGCAUGUCACAUUUAACAAUUCAUAUUUUAACCGCGAUUCUUCGACAGUAUAACUUUUCACUCUUCAUCCUUCUGGGGAAACUGAUCUGUAACUAUGAUUGUUGAUUUUAAGAUGUGUGACAGAAUGAAUUGUUGAUAGGAGGAUGAGCAAUGUAACAAGUGAAUGUAUGUAAACGGGUCCACUGAGGUAAUAAAAACCAAGUGGUAGAAUGCA